UAUUCUAUGAUCGAGUCUUCAUAAUAAGGUUUAUGCUUUGAUCAGAUAUCGAAAUGAGGUUAUGUUCUGUGUUUGAUUUUUUUUUACCCGCGUUUUUUCGAUCAAUUUUUAUGACGUUCAUAAUCAUUUGAACUUGAUUAUUUACUCGUAUUUGGAAUCUGAAGUUUUAAUCAUUUGAACACCGACUAUAGAAAAAUUGUUCGAUAAUAAUUAUUGUUUUCUUGGAAAAUUUCGUGUUAAGUGCAUACGGUUUAAUUAAUAAUGGCCCCUCGAAGUAAGAAAUCCGAGUUAAAAGACGCAACAGGGUUUCGCCAAACAUUUGAUCAAAAUCGUUUUCUCAUUUUACCCGAUAGUUUAACUAACGACCAGAAUAUUGAAAGAAAAUUUGUAAAACUACGCCAUCCACAAACCAGUGAGUUGGCCAUGUUUGUGUUUUCGGAAAAAGACAAAAAAUUAGCACAAAUGCGUUCUUUACCUUUUGAUCAUCGGACAAUUUUCAAGGACAAUGAAGUAAUUCCUAUUGAUAGAAUUGAUUUUGUAACGUUGAUUGACCCUCUGUUCAUUUUUUUACCUUAUUUCGUCAAAUAUUCAUCAAUGUUCAGUCCAUUAGAUCAAAUUUUAACUGAUGAAGAUUUCCCAGAAUUAAAUAAUUUGCUUAUGAAAUUAUCAGAAUUGUCUGAUUUACAACAAGUUGCCAAUAAAAAGGAAGUUGGAGAUUUAAUUUUGUGGCAAUAUAAUGAAAGUAAAACUUUGGAAUGGCUUUCUCCUAAAGUAGAAAAAGUCUUACAAGUUUUAGUUUCUCAGCAAAUAAAUGUUAAUCCAAAUGCAGCGAUUUCAUCUACUUUUAAACUAAGUGCUUCUAGUGCACAAUCAUCUGAAGAACAGUACAAAAGAUACGCAUGUAGUAUAAUUUCAGAGUAUUUACCCUUUGAAAUUCAAAAAUCAUUACUAAUACAUCUUGGACUACCAGAAAAAGUAGAAUGUAAUAAACGCAAAGCUGAUGGAAACAGUUUAGAUGUAAAUAAAAAGGUGAAACAUAAUAGUAUUAACUAUGAUGAAAUGCCUAAUAAAGUUGAAAAGAUUGUUGCACCAAAAUUAACAGCUAAAGACAAGGCAUUAAAGAAAGCUGCAUCAGGAACAAAAAGUAUAUCAUCCUUUUUCAAAAAAAACUAGUAUUGUACAUAUUUAUGAAGAAUUUGUUGUUUCACCUAUUUCCUUGGUGUGCAAUAGUUAUAUUUUGUUCUUAAGAUGUUCUGUAUGAAUGAUGAUUUGUUUAUUCUGUGUACAUAGUCUAAGAAAUCAAUAUAUGAUUAUUUAUCAUCAAGAUGAGUUUAAA